AAUAAACGUUGAAAAAAAAAUUUUUUUUUAAAUAAAUAAAAAAAAAAAUGAAAGGAUAUACAAACAUAGAUGCAAAAAUCCUCAAAAAAAUAUCAGCAAAUUGAAUCCAAAAGUGUAUAAAAAGAAUUGUAUGCCAUGACCAAUUAGAAUUUAUCCCAAAUGUGCAAGGCUGGUUCAACAUUUGAAAAUUCAUCAAUGUAAUCCAUUCUAUCAAUGGACUAAAAAAGAAAAAUCGCAUGGUCAUAUCAGUAGACAGAAAAGCCAUUAAGCAAAUCACCAUUCAUGAUAAAAACUCAGUAAACUAGGAAUGGAAGAGAAGUUUUAAAGAGUAUUUUUUAAAAAUCCACAGCUAAGGGGCACCUGGGUGAUUCAGUUGAGUGUCCGACUUGGCUCAGGUCAUGAUCUUGCGGUUCAUGAGUUCGAACCCCACAACAGUCUCACUGCUGUCAGCCUGCCAGUGCAGAGUCUGCUUCUGAUUGAUCUUCUGUCUCCCUCUCUCUCUAGCCCUCCCCCUCUUGAGCUGUCCCCAAAAUAAAUAAAUACUAAAACAAAAACAAAAACCAACAGCUAACAUCAUACUCUAUUGUGAGAAACUAGAAACUUUCCCGCUAGAAUCAGGUAUAAAGCAAGGAUGUCUCCUCUUACUACUCCUUUUUAACAUCACACUGGAAGCCCUUGCUUAUCCUGUAAGGAAGAAAUUAGAAGCAUACAGAUUUGGAAGGAAGACAUAAAACUGUCUUUGUUCACAGGUAACAUCACUUAUGUAGACAAUCUGAAACAACUAACCAAAAAAGUGGAACUAAUAACAAAUGUUAGCAAGGUUGCAGGAUACAAAGUUCAUGCGCAAAAGCCCAUUCAUUGCCUUCCUAUAUACCAACAAUAAACAAGUGGAACUUGAAAUUUCAAACACAGUACCAUUUACAUUUAAACCCCCCCCCCCAAAUGAAAUACUUAGGUAUAAACCUAACAAAAUAUGUAUAACACAUGUAUAAGGAAAACUAUAAAACUGGUGAAUGAAAUCUAAGAAAAACUAAAUAAAUGAAGAGAUAGUCCAUGUUCAUGGGUAGGAAGACUCAAUAUUGUCAAGUUGUGAGUUUUUCCCAACUUGAUCUAUAAAUUCAAUGCAAUCCCAGUCUAAAGUCCCAAGAAGUUAUUUUAUGGAUGUCAGCAAAUUGAUUCCAAAAGUCAUUUGGAGAAGCAAAAGACCCAGAAUAGCCAACACUAUCUUGAAGGAGAAGAACAAAGUUGAAGGACUGAUGCUACCUGACUUAAAGACUUACUGUAAAGCUAUAUAAUCAACAAUGUGUGGUGUUGGUAAAAGAAAAGACAGAUCAUUGGGGGGAAAAAAACCCAGAAGCAGACCCACAUAAAUACAAUCAGCUGAUUUUUGACCAAGAAAGAGAGACAAUAUAAUGAAGCAGAGAUAAUCUCUUCAACAAAUUGUGCUGGACCAACUGGACAUCCACGUGCAGAAAAAGUUAAUCUAGAUACAGACCUUACAGCCUUCACCAAAAUUAACUCAAAAUGGAUCAUAGACCUAAAUGUAGAACACAAAACUGUGAAACUCCUGGAAGAUAACAUAGGAGAAAACCUCGAUGACCUUGGCAUUUUUAUGCCUUUUUAGAUAUAAUCCCCAAAAUACAAUCCAUGAAAGAAAUAAUAAAAAAUAAUUAAUAAAAAUAAUUUAAUAAGACUUCAUUACAAUUAAAAACUUUUGCUCUGUGAAAGACAGUAUCAAGAAAACUAGAAGAAACAUCACACGGGGCGCCUGGGUGGCUCAGUCGGUUGGGUGUCUGACUUCAGCCCAGGUCAUGAUCUCACAGUUCGUGGGUUCGAGCCCCGCGUCAGGCUCUGUGCUGACAGCUCAGAGCCUGGAGCCUGCUUUGAAUUCUGUGUCUCCCUCUCUCUCUCUGCCCCUUCCCUACUCACACUGUCUCUCUCUGCCUCUCAAAAAUAAAUAAACAUUGAAAAAAAAUUUAGAAGAAACAUCACAGACUGAGAGAAAAUACCUGUGAAAGACAUCUGAUAAAUGGACUAUUAUCCAAAAUAUACAAAAACUCUUAAGACUCAGCACUAAGAAAACCAACAUAAAAAUGAGCCAAAGACCUUACAGACACCCUACCAAAGAAGAGAUAUGGAUGGCAAACGAGCUUGUGAAAAGUAGCUUCAUGUCAUAUGUCAUCAUGGAAAUGGCAAAGCACCAGUGAGGUACCACUACACAUCUAUUAGAGUGGCCAAAAUCUGGAACGCUGACACCAUCAAAUGCUAGCAAGGACAUGAAAUAGCAGGAGCUCUCAUAAAUUGCUUUAGAAUACAAAAUGGUACAAAAAGAAAACAAAAAACAAAACAAUACAAAAUGGUACAGCCAGCGACUCUAGAAGACAGUUUGGUGGUUUCUUACGAAACUAAACCUGCUCCUACCAUAUGAUUCAGCCAUCGCUAAAUUUUACCCAAAGCAGUCAAAACCUCAUGUCCGCACAAAAACCUGCACAAGGAUCUUUAUAGCAGCUUUAUUCUCAAUAGCAAAAUUUGGAAGCAACAGGAUGCCUUUCAGUAGGUGAAUGGAUAAAAUGGUACAUCCAGACAAGGGAAUCUUGUUCAGUGCUUAAAAGAAGUGAGUUGUCAAGCCAUGAAAAGACAUGGAAGAAUCUUAAAUGCAUAUUACUAAGUGAAAGAACCCAAUUUGAAAAGGCUACAUACUGAAUGAUUACAAUUAUGUGACAUUCUGGAAAAGACAAAACUAUGGAGACAAUAAAAAGAUGAGUGGUGCUGCAGGGGCAGGGGUUGUAGUGGGAGAUGAGUAAUGAUGGAUACAUAUCAUACGUUUGUCUGAAUGCAUAAAGUGUACAGCAGGAAGAGUGAACAUUGAGAUAAACUGGACUUUGGAUGAUUAUAAUGUGUCAAUAUAAACGAUAAAAAAAAUGAGCCAAUCUGGUGAGUGAUGUUGAUAAGGGGAAAGGUUAUGCAAGUAUGAGUGAGGGGCAUAUAGGUAAUCUCUGUAUCUUCCUCUCAGUUUUGUUUUAAACCUAAAACUGCUCUAAAAAAUUAAAAUCUUUUAAAACAUUAAAAAAAAAAGAUAGGAAAAGGUACCAUGCAAACACUAAUCAAAAGCUGAAUUGCCUGUCUGAAUAUUAGACUAGGUAGAUUUCAGAACAGAAAAUCUCAGGGGAAAAGGAAGACACUGUGCAAUUAUAAAAGGGUUAAUUCAUCAAAAAGAUAUAGGAAUCCUAAAUGUAUGUAUAUCUAGAAACAGAACGUCAAAAUCUAUGAAGCAAAAACUGAUAGACUGAAAGGAGAAAUUCACAAUUAUCCUUGGAAACGUCAACAUUCUUCCUGUCAGUACUCCAUCGAACAAGUAGACAGUAAAUCAUCCAAAGAUAACAGAAGAUCUGAAUACUAUCAACUAACUGGACCUAAUUGACAUUUACAGAGUGAUCCCUCGAACACCAUCUGAAUACUGUAUGUUUUUCAAAUGCACCUGGAACAUUCACUAAGAUCGACCGUAUUCUGGGCUAUCGUAGAAACCCUGCCCAAUUGAAAGAAUGCUCCUGUCUUUAACAGAAGUAAACUAGAAAUCAAUGACAGAAAGAUGUGAGAAAUCCCCAAAUAUUAGGAAAUCAAACAAUAUGUUUCUGAGUAAUCCAUGGGUCAAAGAGGAAGUCUUCAAAAAAAUUGAAAAUAUUUUCAACUAAAAGGAAAACACAACAGUGGUUGGCCAGGGGUACAGUGUGGGGAGGGGGUUUGACUACAGAGGGGGAGCACAAGGGAAUUUUGAGGGGAGGAUAAUGGAAUUUUUCUGUAUUUGUUAUGGUGGUUGUUAGAGGAUUAUGCGUUUAUCAAAACUCAGAACUGGUAACCAAAGAAAUUUCACUACAUGUAAAUUUUAAAAUAUUGUUAAGAAUGUAAGUGCCGAGUCAGCAGAGCAUGUGACUCUUGAUCUCGGGCUCAUGAGUUCAUGCUCCAUGUUGGAGGUAGAGAUUACUUAAAAAUAAGAUCUUUGAAAAGAAAAAAAGAAUUUAUGUCUCUUUUUAAUGGAGUGCAGUUAUUUUUAGUGAUAUGUUUGGAUGAGUUACAUGUCACAAGGCUGCUGAGUAUGGGAAGUUACAUUGUUUUUUAGACAUAGGUGUGACUCACAAGUAGUCACUUUUUGGUUUGGAUCUUUAAGGUAUAAGAACAUGUCUAGAAACUGAUUUUAAAGUGGUUGUUGUGAAAUUAAAAAGGAAGAAACUAUAGUAUAAAGUUAACAUGAGCUAUGCUGUUUUAGAUCCAAAUAUAUGUACAUUUUUUCAAGAAAACUAUGCUUAUUGGAAAAAAUCCAUAUUGCUUGACAUUAGUUGAGCUGAAAAAAGUGAAUUUUGCAAACAGUUGCUGUCAAUUAAGUAUAGAUUAAGUAUAGAAAGACAUUGCACUAUGUGAGAAAACAACAGGCUGGUAGCAGUUUUGGAAUAAUGAUCUUCCAGUCUUUAAUUUCUUUGAGUAAUGUUAUAUUGUUUUUGAGUAUAAAUUUUAUACUUCUUCUAUUGAGUGUAUUCCUAACUAUCAUUCUUUUCGAUCUUACUGUAAAAGGAACUGUUUCCUUAAUUUCACUUUCAGUUCAUUGCAAAUGUAUAGAAAUACAAUUGAUAUCUGCAUAUGGCCUUCUAUCCUGCAACGUUACUGAAGUUAUUUAUUCUAAUUUUAAUUGAACUCCUUAGGUUUUUGCUUUGAUUUGUUUUGAAAUAUGUAAGAGCAUGUCUGCAGAUGAAGGUAGAUUUGCUUCUUCUUUUCCAAUCUGGAUACCUUUUAUUUCAUUUUUUACCCUAAUUGCCCUUGCUAGAACCUCCAAUAAAAUAUUGACUAGAAACAGCGAGAGGAAGCAUCCUUAUGUUGUCUCAGGGGAAAAACCUCCAGUCUUUUGUCUUUAGUAUGUUAAUUGUGGGUUGUUUUGUUUUGUUUUGUUUUGUUUUACAUGCUUUAUCAGGGUGAAGAAGUUCCCUUCUAUUCUGAGUUUGUUGAGAAUUUUUAUUGUGAAAGGAUGUUAUUACAUUUUGUCAAAUGCUUUUGCUUUUUCUACAUUUAGUGAAGUUGAUCAUGUGAUAGUUUGUAAAUCUUUUAUUUAGGAAUAAAUCCAAUUUAGGCUUGAAGUUUAAAAAAAUGGAUAUUGGCUCACUUUUUGACUAUGAAAAAGUUCUUAUCUAUGGGUAUAAUAUGGUCUUAUUGCGGUGUUCAAAACUGUCGUCUGGAUUUGCUUCCUUUCCCUGCCUCCCUCAAGUCCUCCCACCUCCGUUCGCUUAGUGGGUGAAUCACGUUUAGGUCCCGUGUGGUGGCAGAAUGACUGCUGACAGCUCCAGGCAAACAACUUCAAGACCAGAGCAAAAAGAGGCAGUCUCCAUUUCUUUCCAUCUGUCUCCAGACCCAGCAGAAGUCUCAGGUUUAUUUAUCUCUGGUUGGGUCACUUGCCUGUCGCGGAGUGUAUCAUUGAGGACAGGGAACGUGAAGCUCCAUUUAAGCCUGAAUCACAUGCCCCACAUAGAGCCAGUCAGCCCCACCCAAACUACAUGGAUAGAGUGUGGAGGAGGAGAAUUUCAGUAACAGAGGUGUUAAGGGUGGAUACCAGGUUGCCAAAAAUAAAUGUCCACUAUACCUUUUAUAGUGAAAUAAUCCAGGAUAAUGCAAAGUAUGUGAAAUUGGCAUUUAAAUACUUCUAUUUCCCGACCCCAUCCCUGGCAGAGGUAACUUAUAUAAGCUAAAACUUUUCUUUGCUCAUUGAAAUCUCUUGUCUAAUCCCUGCAAGCAGAGAGUUUGGCUGACACCACAUUCCAUCUCCAACAGAGAAUGGCCAAAAAAAGGGGGGGGAUGGGAAAGUGGGGUUGGACCGGAAGAUUAAUCCAAUGGUAAUCUAAGGGAGUGGGGACUGGUUACACCCACAGUUUUCAUCUGCUGUUUUGUUACCUUGAAUAUUUGAUCAUUUCCAAGUGUAUUAGCAAGGGUUCUUUAGAAAAACAGGUCCAAUAGUAUAUACAAUUGUAUAUGUAUUAUAUACAUAUAUGUAUGAAGGGAUUGUAAUAUAUGAAGGGAUUUAUUGUAAGAAUUGGCUCAUGCAGUUAUGGAGACCGGUCCCAUGAUCUGCUGUCAGUAGGCUGGAGAACCAAGAAAGCUGGUGAUGCAAUUCGAUCUGAGUUCAAGGGCCUGAGAGUUAGGGAGAUGGAUGGUAUUAAGUCCUGAUCUGAGUCCACAGUCCCCAGGGCACCAGUGUCCCAGGGCAGGAGAAGGUGGAUGUCUCAUCAAGAAGAGAGAGCAAAUUCUCCAUUCCUCUGCCUUUUUGUUCUACUCAGGCCCUCAGUGGAUUGGAUGGUACUCACCUGCAUUGGUGAGGGGAGUCUUUACUCAGUCUACUGACUCAAAUGCUAAUCUCUGCCAGAGACACGCUCACAGACAAACUUAGAAAUAGUGUUUUACCAGCUAUCUGGGCAUCCCUUAGACUAUCAAGCUGAAACAUCAAUCAAAGUAACUGCAGAUUAAUUUAAAACAGGAAGUGGAUUAAUGGCGUCUUCAUUCUUGCCGCUUUUCUCAUACAGUUAUUUCUGAGCUGUAACUGAGCUUUCUGGGAAAUGGACAUCGUGAAAGAGCAGUGCAUCCCAGUCCUUCUCUGGACUGUCCAUCGCUGUGCCGGUUGGCAGCCUCGAUGGUUCCUUCUCUGUGGGGGGAUAUUAUCCUAUUAUGAUUCUCCUGAAGAUGCCUGGAAAGGUUGCAAAGGGAGCAUCCAGAUGGCGGUCUGUGAAAUUCAAGUUCAUUCUGUAGAUAACACGCGCAUGGACCUGAUAAUCCCUGGGGAGCAGUAUUUCUACCUGAAGGCCAGAAGCGUGGCUGAGAGACAGCGGUGGCUGGUAGCCCUGGGGUCAGCCAAGGCUUGCCUAACAGACAGUAGGACCCAGAAGGAAAAAGAGUUUGCUGAAAACACUGAAAACUUGAAAACCAAAAUGUCGGAACUAAGACUCUACUGUGACCUCCUCGUUCAGCAAGUAGAUAAAACAAAAGAAGUGACCGCAAUUGGUGUGUCCAAUUCUGAGGAGGAAAUUGAUGUGGGAACUUUGCUGAAAUCAACCUGCAAUACUUUUCUGAAGACUUUGGAAGAAUGCAUGCAGAUCGCAAAUGCAGCCUUCACCUCUGAACUGCUCUAUCGCACUCCACCAGGUUCACCGCAGCUGGCCAUGCUGAAGUCCAACAAGAUGAAACAUCCUAUUAUACCGAUUCAUAAUUCAUUGGAAAGGCAAAUGGAGUUAAACAAUUGUGAAAAUGGAUCUUUACAUAUGGAAAUCAAUGAUGAUGAAGAAAUCCUAAUGAAAAAUAAGAGCUUAUAUUUGAAACCUGCAGAGAUAGAUUGCAGCAUAUCAAGUGAAGAAAAUACAGACGAUAAUAUAACAGUCCAAGGUGAGAUCGUGAAGGAAGAAGGAGAGGACAACCUGGGAAAUCAUGACAGCAGCUUGGCACAGCCUGGAUCAGACUCCUCAAGUAGCUCUCCAGAAUCCCACUGGGAAGAAGGCCAAGAAGUUAUCCCGACUUUCUUUAGUACCAUGAAUACCAGCUUUAGUGACAUUGAACUUCUGGAAGACAGUGGCAUUCCCACAGAAGCAUUCUUGGCAUCAUGUUAUGCUGUGGUUCCAGUAUUAGACAAACUUGGCCCUACAGUGUUUGCUCCUGUUAAAAUGGAUCUUGUUGGAAAUAUUAAGAAAGUAAAUCAGAAGUAUAUAACCAACAAGGAAGAGUUCACCACCCUCCAGAAGAUAGUGCUGCAUGAAGUGGAGGCAGACGUAGCCCAGGUUAGGAACUCAGCUACAGAAGCCCUGUUGUGGCUGAAGAGAGGUCUCAAAUUUUUGAAAGGAUUUUUGACAGAAGUGAAAAAUGGAGAAAAGGAUAUCCAGACAGCCUUGAAUAACGCAUAUGGUAAAACAUUACGGCAGCACCACGGCUGGGUAGUUCGAGGGGUUUUUGCGUUAGCUCUGAGGGCGGCUCCGUCCUAUGAAGAUUUUGUGGCCGCGUUAACCAUCAAGGAAGGCGACCACCAGAAAGCAGCAUUCAGUGUUGGGAUGCAGAGGGACCUCAGCCUUUACCUCCCUGCCAUGGAAAAGCAGCUGGCGAUACUGGACACUUUGUACGAGGUCCACGGACUGGAGUCUGACGAGGUGGUAUGACGUCUGCAGGACCGCGCUGCCUCCUACCUUCAGGGAAUAAAGUCUGCUAACGUGUUUUGUUGCCCUGCUUCAUUCCCAGCAGCAGCUUCGACCCUCUCCAGCCCCGUACUUGGUGGGAUGGAGAGAAGGAGGCAAAGCCUAGUGCUUUUAUAUGUAAUUUUUUUUUAAGGCGUAUGUGUUCUGUGUGUUUAAAAAUCAAGGUGCUAUAUAUUUCAGUUCAAAGGGCCUCCUGGAAACCAAAUCAUAGCUGUUAUAUUAGAAUUGAACAGCAAGUUAUAAGAGCAGAUUUGACAAAUGAGUUUGUCAGUACUGUGUUUUGUUUUUACCUUUCACGCCCCAGCUGAAAAUGAGCAAGUUCUGUAGCAAGGACUGUAACACAUAGCCAGUGUUUCGAUCAACUUAGACUAAAAAUUGGGGGGAAGGCUAAGCCCCUUUGUUGAAGCUAUUGAAAUGUGGAGUUGGUAUUCCUAGACGUUCAGAGAAUCCUCUCUCCCACGGCUCUGUGGUCAGGAAGCGCCUGUGUAGUUCAGGUGUUUGGGGCAUUGGUGUGGGCAUGUCAGUGUCGAGGAGGAAGACACAAACACGGAGUGCCAUCCCUGUCCGUGGGGGGGGGGGGGGGGGGGGGAGACUGUGGCUCCGAAGGGGUGAGUGGUGUGGACUGACCCCAAGCAGGGGGACAGUCUGGCAGAGAUGUGACAGGUCACCCAAGAUGACCCCUAUCUAGUGCCCACACUUAGCUGGCAUGCUUUCCCCUGCACCAUCUGAAUCAGACAGUACAGUGAAACUGUGACAUUCAGACUUUAGGGCUUAUUACCCAUUUCAGAAGUAAGGUGUAGAGGUUGAGGAGUUUACUCACAGGCAUAUAGCUUCUACUUAGAGGAAGCUGAUGAUUGCAAAGUGUGAUCUGGACCACCUCUGCAUCAAAAUCACAUGGACUGCUUCUUCAAACAGCAAAUUCCCAGGCCUUACCCUGACCUACUAAAGAAUCAGAGUAGUGGGGGGUGGGACUCAGGAACCUACAUUUGAAUAAACUUUCCAGUUGAUUCCUGUGCACCCAGGGUUGAAGAACUACAAGAUUAAAUUCUAGUUUAAAUUCUAGUUUGCAGAACUCUUCUGCAUGAACUAAAUGGUGUGUCCUUUCUUUUCCAAAGAGGAAGACACUUUCAUUGAAAUAAAAUAGUUAAAGGGAGGGUGAGACGUAGAGCAAGUCUACUCACCAUUUUCUUAACUGAACCAGCAUCGGCGCCCAGCCAUGAGGCUUGAGCAUCGCAUCAGGGACCACGGUUCUGAAUGUGCUCUCUGAUCAAUCUUGGUAUCAUCACCAAUAGUGCAAAGCAAGCUGUCUUUACAGCUUUAAGACUGUAUCAGAGUUUAAAGGUAGGAUUUAAUCUUGCAUAAUACAACCCUGGGUAGGCGUUCUCCUGGAAAGCGUGUGACGCCAGGGGUCUCCAGUAGGCCAAACUGCCAAGAGUGGGCGUGGGAAGAAAGUCAUGGAGGCUUCCCCCCCAGAGGCUGCUUCCUUCUAGCAACUGGAAGAGAAGGUCCAGCGGAAGGUAGUGCCCCAGGGUAGAAGGUGAGGGCCUUUAAAGGGCACAGGUGCAUGCUACCUGAGCAGCCCCAGGUGAUUCUCUUCCAGGACAAAGAGAACCCUCUCCUUAGGCGGAGGUUCUUGUAGGGAGGGGUUUUGAUUUUGUCUUUUAUCUGUCUUUAAACGAAUUGGCAUUUAUUUAGCUCGGAUUAAUGAAGCAGGUAUGCAACUUACGUGAGGACUUCUGGAAAAUGCUUAAAGAAAAACAAAUGUUUAAAGGCUGGGGAAACGGUGCUAAAAUGGUAUCGCUUCUUCUGUAUUUUAGCGCUUGUUAAUGGCAGCUGCCAAGGCCUGUGUGUCGUUUCCCCUGCCCCCACAAGCAGCUAGUGUGGAUCUCCUCUGGUCAGUGCGACUGUGACGGAGGAGCCGGAGGCUACUUCGGACUUCCUCCCUCUCCGUAGCCUCCCGAGAGGGAAAAAGAAAGCAACAGCCAGUCUGUGCUCGAACCCUGAACGAAGGCACUUUAGGCAUUGUGCUGUUGCAAGGGGGUGCCACCGGGAGACUGUAAGUAUCCCUUCGGAGCAGCUGCUGCCGCCCCGUCACCCCCAGUGAGCUCAUGUGGUCUCUUGGAGAGGGUGCGGGUACACGGCGCGUGCCUCGGACUCGCCACCCAAGCUCUGGAUACACACAGACAGAAGACAGCUGCUCGGCGUGGCCAUUUCCCAUUUCUAUAGGUACGGCCUUGGUUUCCAUAACUUGGUUUUCCGGGGAAGAAGAAUUUAGUAUUAUCUGGGAUCGCUGGGAACCCAGAUCAGAAUAGCUUGAGUCUUGAAUAAGUUACAUUUUGUACUCCCCCUUUUCCCACCCCCGUAGACAGGCGUAGUGUUUUUGACAGGUAUUUUCCUCACUGGAGCAUGUUAAAUGUGCCCAAGAUGUAUAAAGCUCGCAGGGUCCUGAAUAAAAGGAACUGGAAAUUGAACCUCGUACUAUGUGAUAAAUGCAACUUGACGUGCAGUUUGGCACAGUCAGAGCUUCCUCCUGGACACACAGCAUUUGCUUCUAGUUGAAGUUCUAAUCUGCAGGUACCGUCUGAGAUGGGAACAAAGAAAAGAUAGUUAAGACCUUUUCUGCAUGAUCCUCCAAGAUUUCUGGGACUUUUAAGCUUUCUUUCACCCAGUGAGAGAUGAGAAAACAUUAGUAUGCUUGUCGACAGAGGAGUCACCUUGCCCUCAUUGCUCAAAACAUUUUUAGGAUUCCUUUUUUGGAGUAACCUUUAGAGAGAUCCUGAAGAAGAAGGUAAUUUGUCUUCUGGGGGUUAGUAGAAGCUGAUAAGUAACAUAACAAAGUGCUUGGUGCACGUAAUUUCGUCACGUGCGCACCUCUCCCCAUCCUCCCACAGGAGAAGCCAGGCUUUACACUUCAGGGGGAUUAAUACACAUUUGUCCAACUGAACAAACUCCUUUCGAUGCCGGCAAUUAUCAUUAUUAUUGUUUUGUCCUUUGAAAGCAGAUUUGCUUCAUUAUAGCUAAUCCUGGUGAAAAAUGUUAAGUUGGAGGGAUACCUUUUGGGGACCAAACCAACUUACAACUGUGAGGUGGAGAUGAUUUUCUUGUCAGCUCUUGAUCCAGCUCUGCAGGGAGUUCUGGAAGCAGGGCUCUCCGGAGGUCGAGCAUCUGAGUCCCCAGAGAAUUGACUUUGAAAGGCAGUGUUCAUUAGGAUGUGUAAGUCGUGGCUUGAGGCACCUUGUCAUCACUAUUUGCAUGUCAUUUCUGAACAGAGAGUUUCCUCAAAUGUCAGUUUGCACAAUAAGGGAUAUCUGGACUCCAGAACUCAGCCUUGCCGCUUUCUGUUACUGGGGAUAGCCAGCAGUGCCCCCUCAGAGCACCGGAGCCCCCCCACUCUAGCUGUUCUGCCCCAUUCCUUAGCAGCUUCCUCUAACUCCUACCUACGUGGAGCCCCUGCUACGGACCUAGCCCACAGUCAGGUGCCCAGUCGCCGGGGAUUCUGUUCUCUUGGACUUCAUUCAGGAGCUUCUUAAAGAACCCCCGGUCCCAUCUGUAGCUGUGAAGCAGGUGACCGCCAUGUGCGGAAAGUGACCUGUCAUCAGAUGAGUGCCGCCGGGAACGUUUGCAGGCAUCUCUUUUUGAUUAUUAAUUGCAUCUGUGUAUAUACCCAAAAAGUCCAUGCUUUCAACUUUAUAUUUUUGGAACAGUGUUUUUAAUGAACAAUAGGUGGAAGGAGCCAGUAAAUAAAGUCACUUUUCUUUAUUAAAUUUGAAGGAAAUAAAAGAGCUAGAGUAAGAGGUCUCUUAUUAAUGGGACCUGCUCUGAUUAGGAAAAUCACAUAGAUGAAGAAAUAUCGUUUAAGACAGUAGAGAGUCAGGGGGUCGUGAGCAAUAUGAGAUGAUGUGAGGCAAUUUUCUGAAAGCUUUUUAUGUUUCUUUUCUAUUUAAACUAGUACAUCCCACAAGAAGUUGGUUACUUAAUGGUGCGUUUCUGAAUCGAUUAAAAUCAGUUACUUCAGGUUUUAGUCCUAGGUUUUACAACUCUUCAGCUUCCCUAUUCUGAUGUUUUAUGGGUGGUUUUUUUAGGGUAAACCGUCAACCUUUUUUACAUUUUAGGUUUAGAAUUUGUAAGUAAAAUAUGUUUUAAGCCAUCGUUCUGUCAGCUGAGCUAAUGUGCUUGGUCUUAGAGGGCCUGACUUCAGAUGCCCUUUGUGAUCUGGUACAGUCUGUGCACAACCUCAGUGUGUACAGUAAGUCUUGUGUCCCUGUGAAGUGUAUAUGGAGGGCUUUCUUUAGAAAUACGUUCUGCUUCUGGAUGUCCCUUUGUAACCUGCAGUUGCUUACUCAGGGCUUUCAUAAUAAUGACAUACAAACUACUCAGUAGCUGUCUAAUCGUAUUUUAAGACCGCUUACCAGUUACAAGGUUGUUAGGGAUCCAUUCAGCACUUCAUGAACAAACUGUUCGCCGGACCUUCUCUGUAAACGUUCCCGGUUCCCACCCUGUUGCAGCCAGUAGUCCUGUGUAUGGAGGCCACUUGCAUGACUUCUCUCGUCGCACUGCUGCUCUAAGGCACUCCAGGGCAUGAUUAAGUGAUCAUUGGCGGUACGCAUGCAUUGAUCCUUCUCCUCCGCUGUUCUUCUAUAGCCUUUCAUUCAACGGAAAAAACAUACCACGGCUCUGUGAUGCAAAAGUUUGCAAGAUUUUUUGGUUGCCCUUUUUAAUCACUUCUCUUUCAGAGCGAACAGAUGUUUUCAGCUAAGCUAUGUGAGAACAUAAGGAAGAGAUCCUGCUUGUUUUAAGCACCGUUCUUUCUAUUACAUAUAUUUUAAAGUGUGGUCAUGUGGUCAGUAUUUCUUCCCUGUACUUUAUAAACAGCAACCACCCUGGGACGGUUGGCACCCCUUGCAAAACUAAUGAGAUCACAGACUCCUGUGUACAUGUCUCUUCAUAGGUGCGUGUGGAGUCAGUGAUGACAAGACGGGUGACCUAGAAGUAUUCUGUUGCUUCCUAGAAGGCUGAUGAGCCAGUGUCAUGGCAUGUUUGAUGUCUGCGUCCCCAGUGUCAUGACAGUUUCACUAGAAUGUCAGUAAACAGCCCAACUACCUCAUGUGAAAUUGGCUGUGGACAAUCUGUGUCAGAUGAGACAUGUAUUUAAGGUUGAUUUAAUCUGGUUAGUAGAUUGGACAAAAUGAUGUCUCUCUAAGGAAAAAACAUGAGACCAGAUGCCAAAGGCUACAAUGUACAUAGAUUUCCUUGGAUUAAUUUUUUAAGUCGGUGUUGAAUUCCAGCCCCAGUAUUCUUAUCUUGAGUGUUUAUGGUCUCAUAGAUCCACGCACUUUGAAUACCUGUCACAUGCAGUCUUGUGUUAACUGUUCUUGUCCUAAAGCAUUUUGAAUGAGCAGCAUAAUGACAGUAUAAAGCGAGUGUCAAGUAGUUUGUUGAUUUGUUCAUUUUAAUGGGCCUUUACUUAGAAUAUAAUGUGUUGGAGCCUUUGGGGACCAACCAGUGAAUGAGAAUUUCAUGUUUGGUGUUCAUGUAAAAACUGUCCAACUUCUUACUCUGUAUCUUGUGGGGAGGGUUUUACUUUUUUUGCAAAAAUGUUUGAAAACAUCUGUCAGAUUUUAUAUUCGUUAGUUAUAAUAAACUUAUUUUUAAAGUA